UAGAAAUCAGUUUUAUGCCUUCCACUAUUCAUCAUCUUCUUCAACACUAACUUUUUCAAACCCUAAUUUCAUGAACUUCAAGAAUUAAAACAAUUGGUUUCCUUCUCAAACCAUACGAAACCCCUGCCUCUCAUCCGUGUUCUUCUUUGUCUUCAAUUUUCGAAGGAAAACACAACCCUAACCCCAUCUUUUUCAUCUGAUUUCGAAGCAACAAAGCCCUAAGUCAUCUGAUUUUCGCUCCUGAUUUUCCAAGAAACAUAGUCCUUCAUUUGAUUUUCGAAGCCAAGCAAAAUGCCUCAUUUUCCUCUGAAUCUCGAACCAAAAUCCGAAGCUGCUGGCUUGGUUUCAUUUGAAACUUGAUAAAAGCAAACCGUCUCAAAUUCCACUUGUUUUAGGUUUAUAUUUGGAGGUACUGCUGCUGUCUUCUUUCGGAAAUUUCAGCAAGUAUUAACAACAUAACAGAGUACUCUUUCCUUCUUAGUUCUUUUCAAUGGACCCUAAGCAAGAAUUGUCCUUCUUUUGGCAUUGUGUUAUCAAUUAAAAGAGACGGUUGCUCUGCCGAACCAUUCUAACUGAUAGCUGCGUAUUAAACUUGACUCCUUGAAGCGACAUUGUCGAUUGUUUACAGAUCGGUACCAGUCGGGAAUGAUGGGUUAGCGGAGGUGAUUGGAGUUUACAUGUAUGAUAUCGUGAGCUAAGUAAGUGAGAAGUUGUAGCGUUGUAUUAGGUUUUUGGUAAAUGUAUAUUAGAUUUAGUUGUGUUGGUUAUAUUGGACUUAUGGAGUGACUUUUGUGAUUACUUUGUAUUUUAGUUAAACGUUUGGUUUGAUAAAUAGUUGAGUUAGUUACGUUAAAGAACUGGUGACUCUUUUGUUUAAGUUUUGAAAGUGUGAUUUAAGUUUCUUGGGAAAUAAACUCCGUGAUGACCUUAUUUACUCAGUCAACGGUAAGUCGGGUUGCUACAGUAGUGUGACACCCUAAAUUUAACUUUAAAAAGGAUUGAUAGACUAAUAUCAACAAGGUGCAUCUUCUUUUUUCAUGAAAGCACAUUGGCUAAGAAUUCCACAGUUAAGCGUGCUUGAUGGGGAUCAAUCUUAGGAUGGGUGACCUCCUGAGAAGUUUUCCCGGGUGCGCACGAGUGAGGCCAAAGUGCGUGGGAAAGACUUGUGUUGGUUUGUGGGGUCAGUCUACAGAUUCCAUGAGUAGUCACCGGUGGUUCGUUGGGCCGGGGUGUUACAAAUGGCAUCAGAGCAACCCUGUGACCGUGGCUGAUUGUGUGUUCAGUGCACCUAACGGGGAAAAAGAUUCUGAAGCUACCGUCCAUAGAGGACGUUGUAUUUCUAAGUGGGGGUGAGUGUGACACCCCAAAUUUAACUUUGAAAAUGAUUGAUAAACCACCCAUAUCAACAAGGUGCAUUUCUUUUUAUGGAAGCCCAUUUGCUAAGAAUUCCACAGUUAAACGUGCUUGGUGGGGAUCAAUCUUAUGAUGGGUGACCUCCUGGGAAGUUUUCCCGGGUGCGCACGAGUGAGGCCAAAGUGCGCAGGAAAGACUUGUGUUUGUCUGUGGGGCCAGUGUACAGUUUUCAUGAUCAGUCACUGAUGGUCCGUUGGGCCGGAGUGUUACAACGAAAAUAUGCAUUGAGACAAAUCAAAUAGGUACUUACUAAUAAAAUAUAAAUAAAGUAUAUUUUAAGUUGAAAUUGAUCAUUAUAAGGUCAAAAUUAAAUUUGUUUUUCUUUUUUUAUUUUAUUUUUGUAUGCGUAAAAUGAAAGAAGCGUGUUCACUAAAGUAAGUGACCAAUUUCAAAACAUUUGGCCCAGCCCAAAACGAAAAUCUUGUUGGUGGCAGGCCCGAACAUUUGAUCUACUCAAAUUAUCACAAAUUUUCGUGAAAGAUGGUGUUUUUGAGAGACUAAUCGGGCUAAUCCAAAAAAGAAAACAUAAAGUAAGUUUUUCAAUAGGCAUCAAGAAUAUAGUAAGUAGGCAUUUAGAAUAUUGUAAGUAUUUAAGUACUUACUCGGUGGACAUUAAAUAUAUUGUCAGUAGGCAUUAAAGAUAAUAUAAGUAGGUAUUAAGGAUAUAGUGAGUAGACUAAGUUUCUUGGUAGACAUUAAGAGUAUUGUAAGUAAGUAUUUUAAGUACUUUUUCAGUGGACAUUAAAUAUAUUAUAAGUAGGUAUUAAAAAUAAUAUAAUUAGACAUUAAAAAUAGUGGCCAUUAAAAUUUAAUGGAUUGGGCCGAAAUACUAAGAAGAUCGGCUGUCAAAUUAUAGUUUCUGGCAGUACAUAGCAGAUUAGCAACUCUAGGCGGCAAAAAGCGUUUUACAUUCCGUUUUUUGUUGAAAUUUUUUCAUCAAUCCAUCUAUCAAAUUCCCAAAAUCAAGAUUUUGUCAUAAUUUCUCCCAGAAUUCAUAAUUAAAUCCAGAAUCCUUCUUAAUCUUUUCAACAAUCACUUUGAACUCGUUUUAUACGCUAAUCAGUUCAAGUUAAUCUUAUGCCCACCAACUGUUUGUUAAAAUGUCUCUGAGACAUUUUCUCAUUAAACCCUUUUCAUAUCCACAUUGUUACUCUCAAUUCAACGUCUUUCGUACAAACUCAUCUCAAUCAUCUCUAUUCCCUUGGAAAACAUUUGUUCAAAGCGAGAAUAUAGAUACCCGAAUUGCAUUUUUGUGUAAAGUUGACAAGAAUGUUAGAGCAGCAGCCUGUUUAUGUAAUGAUUCCUUUACUUCAGGUACAAUAAUCCCUUCUUCGCAAACAUGUAAUUUUCUUAUUAUGGUGCUCAGAAAGUCAGGUGAGCAUGAAUUGGCAUUUUCAGUUUAUAAGAAUAUGACCCAUGUUGGUAUUAAGCCCUUAUUUUUUUCGUUGGCUGCGGUGCUUGAGUAUUUUGUGAAUUCGGUUGAACCCAUGUGUGCUUUAGGAGUUGUUGGAUUGAUAUGGAAACAUGGUUUUGAUGUUAAUGUGUACCUUAUGAAUCUUGUGUUGAAGGGUUUGUGUCAAAAUGGGGAUAUUGAUCGAGCAAUGCAAGGUUUGCAAGAAAUGUCCAAGAACUCUAUGUUGGCUGAUGUUAUUAGCUUUCAUAUAGUAGUUAAUGCACUUUGUAAGGCAAAAAGGGUGGAGGAGGCAUUGAAUUUGGUGGAUUUGAUGAAGAGUGCUGGUUAUUAUCCUAAUAUAAGGUCAUAUACUAGUAUUUUAGAUGGGUUGUGCAAGAUUGGUAAGGUUGAUGAUGCAAUGUUGGUGAUGGAAGAGAUGAAGGAAAAAGGAUUUGACAUCGACGUUGUUGCUUAUAGUGCUCUAAUCAAAGGUUUUUGCAGUAAAGAGAAUGAUGAUAAAGUUCAAGAGCUUUUUCGUGAAAUGUUGGAACGAGGGGUCACACCUAAUGUGAUUACGUAUUCAAUUUUGUUGCAAUAUUUUUCUAUGAUGGGUCGUUGGAAUGAAGUUGCAGAAAUGAUAGAUCAUAUGACGGACAAGGGGAUUAUUCCUGAUGAAAUUGUUUACACAAGUAUAAUUGAUGAGCUUUGCAAGAAUCAAAAGACUACACAAGCUGUUGCCAUGUUGAAUUUGAUGCUCGAGAAGGGUGAAGAGCCACCUAUUGCAACGUACAAUGCCGUAAUUAAUGCACUCUGUAAAGAUGGUUCAGUUGGUGAAUCUUUUGACAUUUUGAAAAUGAUGAUAAAUAAGGGAAAGAAGCCUGAUACAUGGACAUACACUACAUUGCUCAAAGGUCUUCUCGAUAUUGGGAAAGUUGAUGAUGCAAUAACAAUUUUCAAGUCGGUGUUUGAAGAUGAAGCUUAUGUUCAGCCUGAUGUCAUGGCAUAUAAUACAAUGAUUAUAGGGCUCUGCAAGGAAGGCUUCCUUGAUGAGGCUGUAUCAUUUUAUGAUAAGAUGGUUGUCGCAGGAAUAUGUAGUAAUGAGGUGACAUAUGGCACACUCAUGGGGGGAUAUCUGAAGUCAGGGAAUAUUGUUGGUUGUAUGGAUCUGUGGAAAGAAAUGCUCAGCAUCGGAUUAGUUCCAACAUCACACACAUUUGGUAUUAUGAUUGAUGGCUUUUGUAAGUUGCAAAUGGUUAACAUUGCUAAAGGUCUAUUCUUGAAAUUGUGGGCCUUUGGUCUAAGUCCUCGAGGUGUGCACUAUAAUACAUUGUUGGCAUCAUUGUGUAAAGACGGAAGUGUUGAUCAGGCAAGGAGGUUAUUCGAUUAUAUGAAGGAAACAAAUUGUCAACCAUGUACUAUAUCCUUUCAUGUAAUGAUCCAUGGAGCUCUUAAAUCCGGUGAUUUUCAAUACGGAAAAUUACUGCUGACGGAUAUGCUUCAAAGGGGUCUGGCUCCUGAUGCUUCCCUAUUUUCAACACUGAUUGAGAGGUUCUCAGACGCUGGACUAAUGGACGAGGCCAAGCUGCUUUUUGAUAGGAUGGUUGGUAGGGGUUUCACUCCAAGUAGCAUUGAUUACCAAAAUUUGUUAAUUGCGUAUUGUACAAAGGGCGAUGAAAACGAGUUAAUCAAGCUGCUUCAUCGAAUGGCAGCCGAGAAUGUUGUGCUGAACUCGGAGAUGAAAGCAACUAUCCUGACAUAUUUGUGUCACUGUGCUAAAAGUGAUAUUGAUAUGGUGAAACUGCUGCCAACAUUUUCUCAAGAUGCUCCAAAAGAAGAUGAUGAAGAUGUUGAUGUCCCUUGCAGUGAUUUUCUGGAAAAUCUUCAUAAAUUUCAUUCCAAAAUUUCUAUGCAUCCUUCUUAAAGCCUUACUUUGCCUUGGUGGAAGCUAAUUUAUCCGCAUUGGGUAAUGUAAUGCAAUGUCUUCUGUGUGCCCUCUUUGGAGAAGCUUAAACUUUCAUUACUAAACUCUAAUCUUUAUUUAUCGAUAUUAUAUAAAUUAUAUAGGGAGAAAAUCGUUACUUCAUUUGUUGGUGAAUAAGGUUGCCGUUUUUUCGGUCUUGGGACCUCAUCAUAUGGAACUGUGCCACUGUCCCAUGUCUGUCUUCUCUUGUCCUACCAAUUGGAGUUUUGGUGUAUGAGUUGAUACGUCUCCUUGUUUGUGAAUUCAUUGGGUGAUUUCGCCAUUUUAAGCUGUGUCUUCAUUUAAGUACUCUGAUGGGCGGUGGCUAGUCGUGCACUUGUGCUUGGGUGAAGUGCUGUGAUUGAGGUUUGUUGUAGUUCACUCUUCCUACCCACAAAUAUGAUUUGAUGCUUGACAAAGGUAUUGUCCACUGAUUUAGUCUACAAUGCUGUAAUUGAUUAAUGUGCUCUGUAAAAAAGGUUCAGUUGAUGAAUCUUUCGACGUUUUGAAGCUAAUGAUAAAUAGGGGAAAGAGGUCUGAUGCAUGGACAUACAACAAUACACCGCUCAAAGGUCUACUAGAAAUUGGGAAAAAUGAUGAUACUGUUACCUUUUCAAGUCAGUGUUUGAAGAUGAAGCUUAUGCAGCCUGAUGUCGUGGCAUACAACACGAUGAUUGUAGAGCUUUGCAGAGAAGGUUGCUUCGAAGAGGCUGUAGCAUCUUACGAUAAGAAGGUUGUAGCAGGAUUGUGUUCUAAUGAGGUGACAUAUAACACACUCAUGAGGGGAUAUUUGAAGUUAGGGAAUGUUGUUGGAUAUAUGGAGCCGUGGAAAUAAAGGCUCAGCAUCGGAGUAGUUCCAACAUUAUACACAUUUGGAAAUUUGAUCGGUGGCUUUUGUAAGUCGCAAAUGGCUAACAUUGCCAAAUUACGUUUCUUGAAAUUGAGGGCCUUUGGUGAAGUCUUCAACUUGUGGAUUAUUACACAUUGUUGGCAUCAUUGUGUAAAGAAUAUAGCCUUGAUCAAGCAAGGAGGUCAUUCCAUUAUAUGAAGAUAACAAACUGCAGACCAUGCUCUAUGCAUUGGUGUAAUAGAAUGUAAUGUCUUCCUAAUGCCCAGUUUGGAGAAACUCCUUAACUUCUGUGACUAAUUGUUGUGAGUGUAUAUGAAAGGAAAUUCUCCUUACUAUUUAUAUUUUGUGUAACUUUGGUGGUAUGUUUAUGGCAAGUGUUCAUGUUAUAUUUGAGGUUAAUGAUUUUUGGCGAGUAUCUUUUUAAAAAAU